AAGCACGCAGCCACUUCGCUGAACGUCAAAAUCAGCUGGACCAUUUUAACAGAUCCCCGUUGAAGUUACGUAAAAUUAUUUGAGAAAUACAGCGUUUACUGGAAAAAUAUUUAGUAAUUUUAGUUAAAAUGAGCUUGCUGAACACAAGAUACUACGAUAAGCCCGAGGGUACCGAUCUGUUUGGCAAGAUGAUUGCAACCAAUAAGUAUGCUCUUGCAGCCGGCCUCGGUUAUUCGUCAAUAGAGGUAUUGAUGGUGUCAAAGCCGAAAGGUAUUAUGCCUUCACUGGCUCGUUACGUAUAUUUUACCGGUCCGUUUGUUGGGAUGGCGUCUGCUUUCACCGUGGGAGCGUACACCGCUAACAAAUUACGGGGCAAAGAUGAUAUAAUAAAUUAUGUAGUGGGUGCCUUCGCAGCGGGUGGUGUUUAUGGUGCCUGGAGGCGCAGUGUGGUUUCAGGAUUAGUAUCUGGUAUAUUCUUUAGUAUUGCUGGUAUUUCCAAGAAAAUGUCCAUCAUUGAGGGAUGGGAGUUUUUCCCGGAAGUCAAAAAACAUGCUUAUGGUUCGCUCAACCCGAAGCGGUACGAUUUCACCCUGACACAAGAACGAGAGCGUGGAUGGACCAGCGGAAAAUAAAAGCUUGCAGGUUUGGUGAAUUCGAAAAAUGAUUUUUGAUGAAGAAAUUAGGAAUAAAUGGUAUGUACAGAAAGAUAAUUUGGUUGUGACU